AUGAAAAAUGUAUCUGGAAUUUACGUAUUUAAAAAUGAUUUGUCUAAAGAUCCCAGAGAUUUAUAUAUUGGUAGUGCUAUUGAUAUUUCUAAACGAUUUGAUCAACAUAUGAGGAAUUCGAAUUCUAAUAUUCAUUUACAAAAUAGUCUGAAUAAAUAUGGUAAAGAAAACUUCUCUUUUUGCAUUUUAGAAUACUAUAUUUAUGAUUUAAAUUUAUCUAAAAGAGAAAAUGCCUUACUAUUACUGAUUUUAGAACAAAAAUAUCUCGAUUUAAUGAAACCAAAUUACAAUAUUAACCCAUUAGCUGAAUCUAGAUUAGGAGCUAAACAUAAUGAAAGAACUAAGGAAUUAAUGAAACAGGUAAAUACUGGAGAAAAGAAUCAUUUCUAUGGAAAAACACAUUCGAAUGAAUUCAAAGAAUUUAUGAAAAUGAGAAUGUUAGGAUCUAACAAUCCAAUGGCAGGUAAAUUAGUAACUGAAUUAGUAAAACAAGCUAUUAAAGAUACUCAAAAUCAACGUGUUUAUCUUUAUGAUUCUAAUACAAAAGAAUUAAUUAGAGUCUAUUCUAGUCAAGUAGAGUUUAUCAAAGAAUUACAUGUCUCACCUAAAACAGUUCUUAAAUAUCUAAAAUCAGGAGAAGUUUGGAGAGAAAGAUAUAUUAUUUCCUCCAAUAUUUUAGACAACUACUAG